AUGUCUAAUUAUACCCAAUAAACAGUGCAAUAAUCGACUACAAGAUCAAAUGUGCCAGUUGCCACUACACAGUCCACAUAGUUGGGCUAAAUGUCAUAGGAGUAAAUGCUCUAGCAUCAUAAUCUCUAUCAUAGAAAGAAUGUUCUUGCCGGCUAAGAAAAUGUUUAUCACAGUAAUGAGCCAAGAGUGCUAACAUCAACAUAAGAGACUCAUAUGUACUAAAGAAAUGAGCCAAUAAUAGAAAGAACCUAUGAUAAGGCUCCAACGAUCAUCAGGCACGAUGAAAAAUCAGUCUUUGAAUCUCAUACUGUACCAACUCAAGUAGAAAGAAACGUUCUGCAAGCUAGAAUUGAGACUCAUGUUGAGCAACCCAUAAUUAAGGAACACCAUAAAGAUAUAAUUCAUGAGCAUCACUAAAAUGUUGUACACGAGCAUCACAAGAAUAUCAUUCAUGAGUAACAUCAAGACAUUAUUCAUGAACAUCAUUUACCAAUCAUCCACAAGGAAGAGAUCAGAGAGAUUCACUAGCCAGUAAUUCACGAGACUCACAAAGAAGUCAUCCAUGACAUUUCAAAGCCUUUUAUUCAUGAGAGUCAUUCACAAGUUGUUGAGGAGCAAUUUAAGGGACCUAUUAUUCAUGAAGAAUUCUAGAAGCCCGUAGUACAUGAAAUCUACGAAAAACCAAUUUAUGACAGAAAAGUUGAACAAACAGUUUUUUAAUAAGAAGUUGGAAGCACCCAGCAUUAUUCAGGCUAAUCUUUUUAGACCUAAUUCACAAGUGCUCACAGCUCUCAUAAAUGCAAGAAUCAUAAGCUUACUGGAUGCAGAGACUGCCAGACGUGUAUUGAAUGUGACAAGGUCAGACUACAUCAGAGACAGGUAAGAUGA